UACUUAACUCAUUAGUCUGAAAACUCUCCCCCAUUUUCUCUCACUUUCUCUCUCAUUUUCUCUUCCACAGUCAUUUCUUUCCAUUCCCACUCAAAACCAACAAAAGGGAACAGAGAAAGAAAGAAAAAGUAAAAGGCAGCAGAGAAGACAUUCCCAGCUGGGUUUUCUUGUCUUUCUCUCUCUCUCUCUAAAGAAUAAAGUGAGUGAGAAACAAAGAAUAUAAAUUUAUCCAAAAAGGGCAUUGCUUUGUUGGAGCUCUUCUCAACAAAGAAGAGAGAUUUUUCAUUUUGGUUUUGAUGUCAUGGGCUUGAAGAAGCUUGCAAUGCGCAAUAAUGGCGUCUUACUAUUAGUAGUGGUGUUGUUUUCUCUCUGGGGUUGCUCUGUUUCAGCCUCUGUUUCUUAUGAUUCAAAGGCUAUUGUCAUCAAUGGCCAGAGAAGAAUCCUCAUUUCUGGAUCCAUUCAUUACCCAAGAAGCACUCCUGAGAUGUGGCCAGAUCUUAUUCAGAAGGCUAAAGAUGGAGGUCUAGAUGUGAUUCAGACUUAUGUUUUCUGGAAUGGGCAUGAACCUUCACCUGGAAAAUAUUAUUUUGAGGGAAACUAUGAUUUGGUUAAGUUUGUCAAGCUGGUUCAGCAAGCAGGCCUUUAUAUGCAUCUCAGGAUUGGUCCUUAUGUUUGCGCUGAAUGGAACUUUGGAGGCUUUCCUGUGUGGUUGAAGUACAUUCCCGGUAUCAGAUUUAGAACAGACAAUGGACCUUUCAAGGCCCAAAUGGAAAAAUUCACAAGAAAGAUUGUGAACAUGAUGAAAGCAGAAAGGCUGUUUGCCAGUGAAGGUGGUCCAAUAAUUUUAUCCCAGAUUGAAAAUGAAUAUGGUCCAAUGGAAUAUGAACUUGGAGCUCCUGGGAAGGCAUACUCAAAUUGGGCAGCUCAUAUGGCUGUUGGACUUGGCACCGGUGUGCCUUGGGUUAUGUGUAAACAAGAUGACGCCCCUGAUCCCAUUAUCAAUGCCUGCAAUGGAUUCUAUUGUGAUUACUUCUCUCCGAACAAGGCUUAUAAACCUAAAAUGUGGACUGAAGCGUGGACUGCCUGGUAUACUGAGUUUGGUGGUCCAGUUCCUAAAAGACCAGCAGAAGACUUGGCCUUUGCAGUUGCUAGGUUUAUACAGAAGGGAGGGGCUUUCAUUAAUUAUUACAUGUACCAUGGAGGAACAAAUUUCGGCCGAACUGCUGGUGGCCCGUUCAUUGCUACUAGCUAUGAUUAUGAUGCACCUCUAGAUGAAUAUGGACUUUUGAGGCAACCUAAAUGGGGUCAUUUAAAAGAUUUGCACAGAGCAAUAAAACUGUGUGAACCAGCUUUAGUAUCUGGAGAUCCCACAGUAACACAACUUGGAAACUAUGAACAGGCUCAUGUAUUUAAAUCAAAAUCCGGAGCUUGUGCUGCUUUCCUUGCAAAUUACAACCCAAAUUCGUUUGCAAAAGUUUCCUUUGGGAAUAUGCAUUACAAUUUGCCUCCUUGGUCUAUCAGCAUUCUACCUGACUGCGAAAACACGGUGUACAACACUGCAAGGGUUGGCGCACAAAGUUCAACGAUGAAAAUGACCCGUGUUCCUAUACAUGGAGGAUUAUCUUGGCAGGCAUACAAUGAACAGACAGCCUCUUAUGAAGAAACUUCAUUCACCGUUUCUGGGUUGCUGGAGCAGAUAAAUACCACCAGAGAUGCUUCUGAUUAUCUGUGGUACAUGACAGAUGUUAAGAUUGACCCCAGUGAAGAAUUUUUGAGAAGCGGGAAAUAUCCAGUACUAACAGUCUCAUCAGCCGGUCAUGCUUUGCAUGUUUUUGUCAAUGGCCAACUAGCAGGUACUUCUUAUGGAAGUUUAGAAUUCCCGAAAUUAACAUUGAGUAAGGGCGUGAACUUGAGAGCUGGUAUCAACACAAUUGCACUUCUAAGUAUUGCUGUUGGUCUUCCGAAUGUCGGUCCACAUUUUGAGACGUGGAAUGCUGGUGUUCUUGGUCCAGUUACAUUGAAUGGUCUCAAUGAGGGUAGAAGAGACUUGUCAUGGCAGAAAUGGUCUUAUAAGGUUGGUCUUAGAGGAGAAGCCUUGAGUCUUCAUUCCCUCACUGGGAGUUCUUCUGUUGACUGGAUUCAAGGGUCCCUAGUAGCGCGGAAGCAACCUUUGACAUGGUUUAAAACAAGUUUUGAUGCUCCGGCUGGAUAUGCACCCUUAGCUUUAGAUAUGGGCAGCAUGGGAAAAGGUCAAAUAUGGAUUAAUGGUCAAAGUCUUGGUCGUUACUGGCCUGCUUACAAAGCACAGGGCAGUUGCGGUGGCUGUGACUAUGCGGGAACGUACAAUGAAAAGAAAUGUUUAAGUAACUGUGGGGAUGCUUCACAAAGAUGGUACCAUGUUCCCAAAUCAUGGCUUAAGCCAACAGGCAAUUUGUUGGUGGUGUUUGAAGAAUGGGGUGGAGACCCCAAUGGAGUCUUUUUGGUUAGAAGGGAUGUUGAUACUGUGUGUGCUGAUAUCUAUGAGUGGCAACCAACGCUAAUGAAUUGGCAAAUGCAAUCCUCGGGUAAAGUCGAUAAACCUUUGAGGCCUAAAGCACAUUUGUCUUGUGGGGCCGGGCAGAAAAUUUCAAAGAUAAAGUUUGCUAGCUUUGGAACACCAGAAGGGGCUUGUGGAAGUUUCCGCGAAGGAAGCUGUCAUGCUCACCAUUCAUAUGAUGCUUUUGAAAGGCUUUGCGUUGGGCAGAACUCCUGCUCGGUGACUGUAGCAGCCGAAAUGUUUGGAGGUGAUCCAUGUCCUAGUGUCAUGAAAAAACUCUCUGUGGAGGCCAUCUGCACUUGAUGACUCCGAACAUCCAAACGAAAUGCCUCAUUUUGUUUUCUCUACUGCUUGCAAUACAGCAACUUCAGUUAAUUUUUGCAGUAAGUUAAUCUACUAUAUACAUGUAAGGCCAUUGCAACCAUUCGUUGGCUUUUUUCCUAGGUGAAGUUGUACAAAACAUAUGCAACACACCCACGUGGUUGAAAGCCUAAAGAGCUCUUGAAGAUGAUUGUGAGUAAAGCUGUAUGUACAUACUUGCUAUCGUUUCGAUUUGUUCCCUUCAUGUUAUAGAAAGGUGGAAAAGAGAAGUGUGGUCGGAUGCACAUUGAGACGACACCGAAGGAGUCCAUGUGUAGAAAUUCUUUUAGUUUUCAGAUUAUGGAAAGCUUCUGGCUUCCAGUAAUUUUAAGGUUUCAUUCUUGUGCAACUUGUUGGGAGCAAUUGUUCCAUUGCUUGUUCUUGUAGAAAAGUAUCCGAAGUAAUAAUUCCAUGCUCAUUGUCUUUGAUAUAUCGAGCAAGAUUCAGGCACUGAGGAGCAUUUAUAGGGAACUUUUAUGGUGCAGAGAUACUGUGCCGGAAAUAUGAUAAUUUGUAAAUUUUACGUUAAAAUUUACGAACUUAGGAAUAUGAUAAUGUGUGAAGUUUAAGUUGGAAUUUAUAAAUUUUGAAUAUUGAAGUUGAAAAAUUA